GUCAUACUUGGAGUGUGCACGGCCAUUUGGCUUGGGCUGGAAAAAAUUUGCCCCAACUUCUGCCUUUGCCAAAUGUAUUGUUUUUCUCGGAGUAUGCUUUAGCUUGUGUUGUUUCAGCUGUAAGAAUCUGUAGCACAGUAUUUUUGCUUUGGUCUUGUUGUGGUUGAAAGGAGGAAACAACUGUUGAUUUGUAAAAAUACGUGUUUCUCGUUGCUCUUCUGCUAGAGUUGAAACACAUUUAGAACAUGGGUAACGCAUUCGACGUUAGAGUUCUUUUAAUUCUUCUGAAAGAUUUCAAAUCCUCCAGAACCCAAAAUGGAACACAGUAAGCAGAUUCGAAUUUUACUACUGAACGAAAUGGAAAAGCUGGAAAGGACGCUUUUCAGACUUGAACAAGGGUUUGAACUACAGUUUCGAUUAGGUCCAACUUUGCAGGGAAAAGCAGUUACUGUGUAUACAAAUUACCCAUUUCCUGGAGAAACAUUUAAUCGAGAAAAAUUCCAUUCCCUUGAUUGGGAAAAUCCAACAGAAAGAGAAGAUGAUUCUGAUAAAUAUUGUAAACUUCAUCUGCAACAGUCUGGAUCAUUUCAAUAUUACUUCCUUCAAGGAAGUGAGAAGAGUGGUGGAGGUUACAUCGUUGUGGACCCUGUUUUACGAGUUGGCGCUGAUAACCAUGUGUUACCCUUGGACUGUGUUACUCUGCAGACAUUUUUAGCUAAGUGUUUAGGACCUUUUGAUGAAUGGGAAAGCAGGCUUAUGGUCGCAAAAGAGUCAGGCUACAACAUGAUUCACUUCACCCCACUGCAGACACUUGGGCUCUCUAGGUCCUGCUACUCCCUUGCUGAUCAGCUAGAACUAAACCCUGACUUCUCAAGACCUAAUAGAAUGUAUACUUGGCAUGAUGUUGGACAGCUAGUGCAAAAAUUGAAGGAAGAAUGGAAUAUUCUUUGUAUUACAGAUGUUGUCUACAAUCAUACUGCUACUAACAGUAAAUGGAUCCAGGAACAUCCAGAAUCUGCAUAUAAUCUUGUGAAUUCUCCACAUUUAAAGCCUGCCUGGAUUUUAGAUAGAGCACUUUGGCAUUUCUCCUGUGAGGUUGCGGAAGGGAAUUACAGAGAAAAAGGGAUCCCUGCCUUGAUUGAAAAUGAUCACCACAUGAACUGCAUUCGAAAAGUAAUUUGGGAGGAUAUUUAUCCAAAGAUUAAGUUGUGGGAAUUCUUCCAAGUAGAUGAACACAGAGCACUUGAGGAAUUUAGAAGACUUCUCACCCAAGAAAAUAGGAGAGUAACCAAGUCUGAUCCAAAGCAGCAUCUUAAGAUUAUUCAGGAUCCUGAAUACAAACGGCUUGGCUGUACUAUAGAUAUGAACAUUGCAUUGGCAACUUUCGUACCACAUAACAAUGGGCCGGCUGCAAUUGAAGAAUGCUGUAAUUGGUUUCGUAAAAGAAUUGAGGAAUUAAAUUCAGAAAAGCAUCAACUCAUACACUACCAUCAGGAACAGGCAGUGAAUUGCCUUUUGGGAAAUGUGUUUUAUGAACGAAUGGCUGGCCAAGGUCCUAAGCUAGGACCUGUCACUAGAAAACAUCCCUUAGUUACCAGGUAUUUUACUUUUCCAUUUCAAGAAAUGGCCUUAUCUGCAGAAGAAUCUAUGAUGCACAUCCCAAAUAAAGCUUGUUUCUUUAUGGCACAUAAUGGAUGGGUGAUGGGAGAUGAUCCUCUUCGAAACUUUGCUGAACCAGGUUCGGACGUUUACUUAAGGCGAGAACUUAUAUGCUGGGGUGACAGUGUUAAAUUACGCUAUGGGAAAAAACCAGAGGAUUGUCCUUACCUCUGGGCACAUAUGAAAAAAUAUACUGAAAUUACUGCGACUUACUUCCAGGGUGUCCGUCUUGAUAACUGCCACUCAACACCUCUCCAUGUAGCUGAGUACAUGUUGGAUGCUGCUAGGAAAUUACAACCCAAUUUAUAUGUGGUAGCUGAACUAUUCACAGGAAGUGAAGAUCUGGACAAUAUCUUUGUCACUAGACUGGGCAUUAGUUCCUUAAUAAGAGAGGCAAUGAGUGCAUAUAAUAGUCAUGAAGAGGGCAGAUUAGUUUACCGAUAUGGUGGAGAACCUGUUGGAUCCUUUGUUCAGCCCUGUCUGAGGCCUUUAAUGCCAGCUAUUGCACAUGCCCUGUUUAUGGAUAUUACCCAUGAUAAUGAGUGUCCUAUUGUGCAUAGAUCAGCCUAUGAUGCUCUUCCAAGUACCACAAUUGUUUCUAUGGCAUCAUGUGCUAGUGGAAGUACACGAGGCUAUGAUGAAUUAGUGCCUCAUCAGAUAUCAGUGGUUUCUGAAGAACGGUUUUACACUAAAUGGAACCCCGGAGCAUUGCCGUCCAAUAUGGGUGAUAUUAAUUUCCAAAGUGGAAUUAUUGCGGCCAGGCGUGCUAUCAAUAAACUUCAUCAAGAGCUUGGAGCAAGAGGCUUUAUUCAGGUGUAUGUAGAUCAAGUAGAUGAAGACAUAGUGGCAGUGACGAGACAUUCACCUAGUGUCCAUCAGUCUGUUGUGGCUGUAUCGAGAACCGCUUUCAGAAAUCCCAAGACUUCAUUUUAUAGCAAGGAAGUGCCUCAAAUGUGUAUCCCUGGCAAAAUUGAAGAAGUUGUUCUUGAAGCUAGAACUGUUGAGAGAAAUACACAACCUUAUAGAAAGGAUGAGCAUUCCAUCAAUGGGAUGCCAAACAUCACAGUAGAAAUCAGAGAACAUAUUCAGCUCAAUGAAAGUAAAAUUGUUAAACAAGCUGAAAUUGCCGCAAAAGGGCCCCAUGAAUAUAUUCAAGAAAUAGAAUUUGAAAACUUGUCUCCAGGUAGUGUUAUUAUAUUCAGAGUUAGUCUUGAUCCACAUGCACAAAUUGCUGUUGGAAUUCUUCGGAACCAUCUCACACAGUUCAGCUCUCACUUUAAGUCUGGGAGCCUUGCUGUUGACAACUCAGAUCCUAUUUUAAAAAUCCCAUUUGCUUCUAUUGCCUCUAAGUUGAAUUUGGCUGAGCUAAAUCAAAUACUUUACCGAUGUGAGUCAGAAGAACAAGAAGAUGGUGGAGGUUGUUAUAACAUACCAAACUGGUCAUCUCUUAAAUAUGCAGGUCUUCAAGGAUUAAUGUCCGUACUGGCAGAAAUAAGACCAAAGAAUGACUUGGGGCAUCCUUUUUGUGAUAAUUUGAGAUCUGGAGAUUGGAUGAUUGACUACGUCAGUGGCCGACUUCUUUCUCGAUCAGGAACUGUUGCUGAGGUUGGCAAGUGGUUGCAGGCUAUGUUCUUCUACCUGAAGCAGAUUCCACGAUACCUUAUCCCAUGUUACUUUGAUGCUAUAUUAAUUGGUGUAUAUACCACUCUUCUUGAUAUAGCAUGGAAGCAGAUGUCAAGAGGCUUGCCUCAUUUUUCUGCUGGUCUUUUCCGCUGUUGGGGAAGGGAUACUUUUAUUGCACUUAGAGGUCUUUUGCUGGUUACUGGACGCUACUUAGAGGCCAGGAAUAUUAUUUUGGCAUUCGCUGGUACUCUGAGGCACGGUCUCAUUCCCAAUCUCCUCGGUGAAGGGGUUUAUGCCAGAUACAAUUGCCGGGAUGCCGUGUGGUGGUGGCUGCAGUGUAUCCAGGAUUACUGUAACAUUGUCCCAAAUGGUCUAGAUAUUCUCAAGUGCCCAGUUUCCAGGAUGUAUCCGACAGAUGAUUCUGCUCCUUUGCCUGCUGGUACACUGGAUCAACCAUUGUUUGAAGUUAUACAAGAAGCUAUGCAGAGACAUAUGCAGGGCAUACAGUUCCGAGAAAGGAAUGCUGGCUCACAGAUAGAUCGAAACAUGAAGGACGAAGGUUUUAAUAUAACUUCAGGGAUUGAUGAGGAAACAGGAUUUGUUUACGGUGGAAAUCGCUUUAAUUGUGGCACGUGGAUGGAUAAAAUGGGAGAAAGUGACAUAGCUAGAAACAGAGGAAUUCCAGCCACUCCAAGAGAUGGGUCUGCUGUGGAAAUUGUAGGCCUUUGUAAAUCUGCUGUUCGCUGGUUGCUGGAAUUAUCAAAAAAAAAUAUUUUCCCUUAUCAUGAAGUUAGAAUAAAAAGGCACGGGAAGGUUGUAGCAGUCUCGUAUGAUGAAUGGAACAGGAAAAUACAAGACAACUUUGAAAAGCUGUUUCAUGUUUCAGAAAAUCCAUCAGAUCCUAAUGAGAAGCAUCCAAAUCUAGUUCACAAACGGGGCAUAUACAAAGAUAGUUAUGGAGCUUCAAGUCCUUGGUGUGACUACCAGCUCAGGCCUAACUUUACCAUAGCAAUGGUUGUGGCCCCUGAGCUCUUUACUGCAGGAAAAGCAUGGAAAGCUUUGGAGAUUGCAGAAAAGAAAUUGCUGGGUCCCCUAGGCAUGAAAACCUUAGAUCCAGAUGAUAUGGUUUACUGUGGAAUUUAUGACAAUGCCUUAGACAACGACAACUACAAUCUUGCUAGAGGUUUCAAUUAUCAUCAAGGACCUGAGUGGCUAUGGCCUGUUGGAUAUUUUCUUCGUGCAAAGUUGUAUUUUUCCAAAUUGAUGGGUCCAGAGACUACUGCAAAGACUGUGUUUUUGGUUAAAAACGUUUUGUCCCGACAUUAUGUUCAUCUUGAGAGGUCGCAUUGGAAAGGUCUUCCAGAAUUGACCAAUGAAAAUGGCCAGUACUGUCCUUUCAGCUGUGAGACACAAGCCUGGUCAAUUGCUACUGUUCUUGAAACACUUUAUGAUUUGUAGUUGAUUCAUAGAUAUUUAAUAGGUAUGCAACAACUUAUGGAAUACCAGGUGAUAAUAUAAUGUAAAUCAUAUGUACAAGCUAAAGUCAUUGCAAAAAUUGCAUUUAUAUGAUACUGGUGCCCAAUUAACUAAGAUUACAAAGCAUUGGUUGGUUUUUGGUUUGGUUUGGUUUGUGUUUGUUGUAGCACUAUGGCUGAAAUCCAGGACCUUGUGCAUGCUAGACAAGUGCUGUGUCAUUGAACUAUAGUCCUGACCCUCUCUUUUUUUUAGUGUAGAAAGAUAGCUUACAGUUUUAAUCAGAAAGAAAAAUUAUCAAUUAACAAUGGAAGUUUUUCUUUUUAAUAAAUGUUCUUUAAUGUGAUGAAAUCUCAA